AUGGCUUGCUCAGCAAUAGAUCCAUCUUCUUUGUACUCUUCCCGUAUUUUCCUGCCACUACGAUUGCGUGUCCCCAUCAUCGUCACCGGUAACGAUUUCUCCACCCUCUACACCCUCUACGCUCCUCUCAUCCUUGAUGGACGUAUGGAGAAGUUCUACUGGGCCCCGACCCGUGAGGACCGUAUCGGUGUUUGCAAGGGUAUCUUCAGGACCGACAAGAUCAAGGAUGAAGACAUUGUCACGCUUGUUGACCAGUUCCCUGGCCAAUCCAUCGGUAAUAAAAAAAAUAUUAGUACCUUUAUGUUUGUUGGUGCAUUGAGGGCGAGAGUGUACGAUGAUGAGGUGAGGAAGUUCGUUGAGGGACUAGGAGUGGAGAAGAUAAGCAAGAGGCUGGUGAACUCGAGGGAAGGUCCUCCAGUGUUCGAGCAGCCGGAGAUGACUCUUGAGAAGCUUAUGGAGUAUGGUAACAUGCUUGUGAUGGAGAAAGAGAACGUCAAGAGAGUACGUCAAGAGAGUCCAGCUUCACUGUGUAACUUGCGUUGCAGGUAAAAGUGCACAGUAAGU